AUGGAGGCUGCAGAUAAGAAGGAGCUAAUGGACACUAGUGUGAUGGAGGUUGAGAGGGAAGGUGAUGACUGUGACAUCAGCUGGAGCCAAGAGCUCAGGCUCGUCCUCAUCGGAAAAACAGGAAGUGGCAAGAGUGCAUCUGGAAACACCAUCUUGGGCCAAAGGCAGUUCCUGUCUCAGAUGAGCAACAGCUCCGUCACAAAGAUCUGUGAGAAGAUGAGGAGAGUCACAGUGGUUGACAUGCCAGGUUUUGGGGACACUCACCUCGGCAGGGAGGAGAUUAAUGAAGAGAUAGCCAAGUGUGUGUGUCUCUCUGCCCCCGGGCCUCAUGCCUUCCUCCUGGUGGUGCCAUUAGGACGAUACACAGACAACGUGAACCAGGCUGUUGGUGAGAUGUCAAAGAUAUUUGGGGAGGAGGCACUCCGUCACCACACUCUGGUUCUUUUUACCAGAGGUGAUGACCUGGAGGGGAUGGGGAUUGAAGAGUUCCUGAGGAAGACUGCGCCUCCCGGGCUCGAGGCUCUGAUUGACAGGUGUGGCAGCAGGUACCAUGUCCUCAACAAUAAAGACCCAAGUAACUCAGAGCAAGUGAAAGAACUCCUGAUGAAGGUGGACAUGAUGGUGAGGCAGACCACCACAGGGUUUUAUACCAACGAAAUGUAUUUAGAGGCGGAUCCUGCCAUCAGGGAGGAGCAGAAAAGGAUGUUGAGGAAGCGAGGGGAAGGGAAAGAACGAGGGGGAAGUGGAAGAACGAGGGGGAAACAGCAGCAGCAGCAGCAGGCGACACUCUCGCCGUUCAUUCUUGACUCGUAUGAGACAGGAGGCUGUGCUCUCUCCUAA